UAAACCAUCUCAUCUAUCCUUGUUUAUUACCUUAUUUCCUGACAUCGCUUUUUGCUUCUUGUGCUGUCUUGUGUUUGUAAUCAUGGAAGUGUUUAUGCACAAUGUCCCUGCGCAACUCUCCGAUCAAGGUCUGAAGAAGGAGCUGGAACCCAUCCUCAGGCGGCUAGGAACCCUCAAUUUUCUGUGUGAUAAGCCAAAGAGAAAAAGUAUCGGGUUCCUUAUCUUUCAUCGCCCUGAAGAUGGAGAGCGAUUCCUGCUGUUACAUGGGCAGGAAGAGAUUCCAGGAAUGAUGAACGCUCGCGGGAGACCGCGACUGAAAUCCAAGUUAAGAAUCAUGGGUGCUGAUGUCUUCUGCUCACGAAGUAAGAAGGCACCGAGCAAGUUUGCUAUUCAAAGCCUUCAACAUAUGGCUGAACAGCGGGCAAAAGACACCUUGCACAAGUACGAAGACAAUAAGCAUGUUUCCCUCCGCUUACUGGGGCUCAGCUGUGGUUAUUCUAUGUUCCGAGGAGAGCACUUUGGAUAUGUCCCAGAGGUGCAGUGGUCGGACACCGGCUUGAUGAAGUUUAAGAAGAGGGCUAUCAUUAUCAAGUUGGACAAGUCUAAUUACCACAUCCGCAUCCCACUCAGUACAGUCAUUGAGCUCAUAUGGUCCAGGGAUGGGACUCUAACACUCACCUUGUCUACGGUUCCGUACUUCUUCUCUCAUGAAGGUCCUGAUCCUUUGACCAUCGCAUUCCAGAUGCUCCAGCUUGGCUCUUCGAAAUACCAUCCAGCGGCGCCUUCCCGUUCGCGGAUGUGCUCUCUGAGUCCAACCCACGCCGAUGUGGCUGGGCAAUGUCUUGUCUAUCAAUUCCGGGUCCCUUUUGUUGAUCUCAUGAAGGACAUUCUAGACAUAAAGGAUUUGGAGAUUGCAAUCAUACGCCACGAUGUUUUGCCCCUCAAUACACUACCAAUGGGUGCCUUUCAGGUCCAACUCAAGGCUCUCAUGGACGAAUUGGCCACCUGCACGAGAAAUAACUCUCUUCCCUUCGGAAUAUUAUACCAGUUGCAGGCUCUUGCAUAUAACGCCUAUCUACUGCCACGCACAGUUCAAAGUCUAGCACAAGAACUAAUCAAGGCUUACAAGGAAGACGCUGCUGCACACAGAAGGCCUAUUUCAGUACUGGCCAUGAAGAAACUGUUUGACAUGAUUGACUGGCCUUCGCCUCACGGCAAUCCAACCGACUUCGAGGUUGGUGCCCUUAUGAUGGCUCUGAAGCAGAACCAGAAAGACGUCCUACAAGACUUGGCGGCUUCUGGAGAUAUGCUAGGCCCUUCCGACAACUUGACUCCUAUUCACAAGGUCAUGGUUACGCCGACGCGAGUUACUCUCCAUGGGCCGGAAUUAGAACCUCGAAAUAGGAUCCUGCGAAGGUUCCCAAAUCACCAUGACUUUUUCAUUAGAGUGCAAUUUUGUGACGAAAACGGCCAAGAUCUCCACUUCAAUUCUCGGAUUCACUAUGAUGAUGUCUUUUCCAGAUUUAAACAUGUUCUCACCCGCGGCAUUCAGAUUGCUGGGCGGACAUAUUCAUUCUUGGGAUGGUCUCACUCAUCACUGAGAUCCCAUGCUGUCUGGUUUUCCUCCCCAUUUGUUGACGAAUCCAGUCAAUUUCAAACUCACUUUAGCAUUAUCAAGGCGCUUGGUGACUUCAGCAAAAUCCAAUCACCUGCGAGGUGUGCCGCCAGGAUUGGUCAGGCCUUUACAGACACUCCUUACGCGAUUUCCCUGUCCGAAUACGACAUAGAAGUCUCAGAGAUGGCAGACGUAACAUCUAAAGAUGGCAAGCGGGUAUUCAGUGACGGGAUAGGUACCCUCUCAUGGAAUGUUGCAGAGUCCAUUUGGCAUAACAUACCAGAAAAAAAAGGAUUUCCUACCUGCUUCCAGGUCCGACUAGGCGGUGCAAAGGGCAUGCUCGCUGUUGAUGGUCGACUUUCGGGCUCUCAAGUCAAAGUUCGACCUUCCAUGAUAAAAUUCCAAGGGGACAUGAAAGACCUUGAGAUCUGCGAUAUGGCGGCCAAGCCAAUGAUGUUGGUCUUGAAUCGACAAAUGAUCAAGAUCCUGGAGGAUAUGGGAACGCCAGAUGACUGGUUCCUCACAUUGCAAGAGGCAGCACUAACCAAGCUCCGUAGUGUCACCGCUAGCGCUCAUAACUCAGAAGUCUUCAUCAAAAGACAGGCGGUCGGCGACAGCAUAGGGCUCUACAGACUCUUCCGUCAUUGCCAUCUGCGUGACCUUGACUAUAGGAAAGAGCCUUUUAUUCGUUCGAUCGUCGAGGCAGUUGUUCUCAAAGAGCUACGUCUUUUAAAGCACAAAGCUCGUAUCCCUAUCUUCAAAGGCAUCACUCUAUUUGGUGUUCUAGACGAAACGGGGCUUCUCGAAGCUGACCAGGUUUACGUGGCAUAUAAACCCAUAGAAGGAAGACACGCGCCCCCUCCUAACGCUGGGAUGGUCUUAGUGACUCGCUCGCCAGCAUUGCAUGAUGGGGACAUUCAAUUUGCACAGAACGUUAUUCCCCCUGACAACCACCCGUUGGCAGAGCUUACGAAUUGCAUUGUGUUCAGUAGCAAGGGGUAUCGCGACCUACCUAGUCAGCUCAGCGGGGGGGAUCUCGACGGCGAUAUAUUCAACGUCAUUUGGGAUACCGAUGCGUAUCCGGUGCGGACAUUUGCGCCCGCGGAUUAUCCUCGCGUAAGCCCAGUCGACAUCGGGCGUCCAGUGGAGCGCGACGAUAUGGCACAGUUCUUCCUUGACUUUAUGAAAACUGACCAUCUUGGGGUGAUCGCCACAAGGCAUAUGAUCAUGGCUGACCAGGAAGCUGAGGGAACAUCCCAUCCAGUCUGCAGAAAGCUGGCACAGUUGCACUCUACGGCGGUUGACUUUUCUAAGACGGGUAUUCCGGUCCAAAUGUCGGAAAUCCCUAAGGGAAACCCUUUCAGACCUGACUUCAUGGCACCAGGCCCAGUUGCACGUAUCCACAAUAAGUCCGACAUCGAGCUCGAAGAGUAUGUUAUUCAAGAAGCAUACGAUGAGGAUGAUGACCUGGAGCCGUUCCACAAGUACUACAGAUCAGAAAAAAUAUUGGGCAAGCUCUACAGGGGUGUAGAUGAACGACAGAUCUGGCAAGAAGACAUCCAGAGCAAAGUGCAGCCCAACGAAGACGAAUUCUGGAACGAAUUUCUAUGGUCUACACUUGAGCUCUGUGACAAAAUAGGAGAUCUGUCAUGGGAACGCUGGCUAGAUGAAGCCCGGCACAUUCGCCUGAGAUACGAAGAGGCCGUAUUCUCGGCAAGAAACAAUUACUCCGAGCACCCUAUAGACCCACUGAGUGAACUAGAGGUCUUCAUUGGGUCUGUCAUGAACAAAGGAGGUGUACAGACCCGUCGGCAGCGUGAUCAAUCUAACAAACUCGCCGAUGAAUUCGAUCGCAUCUCUACUUGGAUUGUGGGUCAGAUGCGCGCAGGGAGCUCGUCCGAGUCACCAAUAACCAGUCUGUCGGAUCAACUCAAACCUCUGGAGUUUUGUCUCGCCUGCAUCCAUGUCGGUGGUGAGAGCAACAAGGAUCCCGCGCGCCGUCGUAGGGAAGUGUACGGUGAGAUCAAAAGCUUCCGGGUAGUUGCAGCGUGUGCUUUGCUGUUUGAGCUUGACCUCAUCGAAAAGGGGAGAAAGCGAAAGUUCUAACUGAACACAUACUUGUAACUGGCCAUGCACAUGUUUUCAUGCUUAAGGUAUUAAUGUGUUUGCAAAGAUAGGACGAGCGUCAUGGGAAAAUGUAUUCGAGCAGCCACUGAAAUUGUAUUUAUUGGUUUCCUCUGUGCCACAUGCAUACCAUCAACCAG